CUUAUUUUGACCAUUUUCCCAAGUAUAGAAGUAAAAAGGAAAACGAAAAAUUCUCCAGUAACUUCUAUCCCAAUUCCUGAACCAAGCUCUGAAAAUUCUGAAAUCUAGAUGCAAUCUGCCGAUCUGCCAACUUAGAGAGAUCAGUUCACGUAUAGUCAAAUAGCCUCUAAUUCAUGAUUUGGUAGAAGCUGCCGGGAUUUUGAAAAUGAGUGAAACGGCGACACCCCAUUCGGGUGAAGGGAAUGAUGUGCAGAGACCAUUCUUGGAUUUGGGGGCGUUUGUUGAGGAUUUGAAUGUAGAGGAGGAUGGAGCAAGUGAGGAUAUAUCGCUUGAGGGGUUAGAGGAAGAACUAGAAGAGUGUAAAAGUGAUGAUGUAGUUGCAAACAUAUUGUCUGAAGGCAUGAAGUUGCGGGAAUACACAAAGGGAGUUGAAAACAAUUUACGGCAGGUUGAACUGGACUCCAUCCAGGAUUACAUAAAAGAAAGUGACAAUCUUGUCUCACUUCAUGAUCAAAUUCGUGACUGUGAUAUGAUUCUUUCACAAAUGGAAGCUCUACUUAGUGGAUUUCAGACAGAAAUAGGUUCUAUAAGCUCAGACAUAAAAAUCCUUCAGGAGAAGUCUAUGGAUAUGGGACUGAAGCUGAAGAACCGCAAGGUUGCAGAGUCAAAACUGUCGAAAUUUGUUGAAGAUAUUAUUGUUCCCCCAAGGAUGAUAGACAUUGUUGUUGAUGGAGAGGUAAAUGAGGAAUAUAUGAGAACUUUGGAGAUUCUGAGUAAAAAGCUGAAGUUUGUUGAAGUAGAUCCGAUGGUUAAAACAUCAAAAGCCCUAAAAGAUGUUCAACCUGAACUUGAGAAACUAAGACAGAAGGCAGUAUCAAAGGUGUUUGACUUCAUGGUUCAGAAGCUAUAUUCAUUGAGGAAACCAAAAACAAAUGUCCAGAUCCUUCAACAGAAUGUUCUUUUGAAAUAUAAGUUUAUUAUAUCCUUCCUCAAAGAGCAUGGAAAGGAGGUGUAUGUUGAGGUUCGAGCAGCUUAUAUUGACACAAUGAAUAAGGUUUUAAGUGCACAGUUCCGUGCUUAUAUUCAAGCAUUAGAGAAACUGCAGCUAGAUAUAGCAACAUCUAGUGAUCUAAUUGGUGUUGAGACAAGAAGCGGUGGUCUUUUCUCCAGAGGAAGAGAGCCAUUAAAGAAUCGGUCUGCAGUUUUUGCUUUGGGUGAAAGGAUCAACAUUCUCAAGGAAAUUGAGGAACCUCCUUUGAUUCCACAUAUUGCUGAAGCCAGCUCGAAAAAGUAUCCCUAUGAAGUUCUCUUCAGGAGCUUGCACAAACUGCUUCUGGAUACAGCUUCUUCUGAGUACCUUUUCUGUGAUAAUUUCUUUGGGGAGGAGUCUAUCUUUUAUGAUAUAUUUGCAGGUCCAUUUGCUGUAAUUGACGAGCACUUUAACUUAAUCCUUCCAAAUUCAUUCGAUGCAAUUGGCUUGAUGCUCAUGAUUCGAAUCAUUCAUCAACACCAGCUGGUAAUGUCUCGCCGCCGAAUUCCAUGCUUGGAUUCAUUUUUAGAUAAGGUCAACAUUGCAUUAUGGCCACGUUUCAAGAUGGUAUUUGACUUGCACCUCAAUAGCCUGCGGAAUGCCAAUAUCAGAACUCUCUGGGAGGAUGAUGUUCAUCCACAUUAUGUCAUGAGACGUUAUGCAGAAUUUACUGCCUCACUUAUUCAUCUAAAUGUUGAAUAUGGAGAUGGUCAGCUUGAACUCAAUAUGGAGAGGCUGAGAAUGGCUAUUGAUGACUUGCUUGUGAAGCUUGCAAAAAUGUUCCCUAAACAAAAGCAGCAGACAGUGUUUCUAAUAAACAACUAUGACAUGACGAUAUCUGUUUUGAAGGAAGCUGGUCCAGAGGGCGGUAAAAUUCAACAGCAUUUCGAGGAUUUACUGAAGAACAACACUGCUAUAUUUGUGGAAGAGUUACUGCUGGAGCACUUCAGUGAUCUUAUCAAGUUUGUAAAGACGAGAGGAUGUAAGUAUUUUAAAAUAUGGUGUUGCGUUUUGCGUUUGUGUUUCAGAACUGAGCUCAUCAUGCACAAUUCUUUGUCAGCCGAGGAUCCAAGUUCUGGAUCUGAACGGCCUAUAACAGCAGCUGAGGUGGAGCCUAUCGUGAAGGACUUUGCAAGUCGUUGGAAGGGGGCGAUAGAGCUGAUGCACAACGAUGUGAUUACUUCUUUCAGCAAUUUCCUUUGCGGUAUGGACAUAUUAAGAGCGGCCCUAACGCAACUGCUGCUUUACUAUACAAGGCUUUCGGACUCUCUAAAGCGGAUUGCUGGUGGCACUGCACUGAAUAAGGAUCUGGUUUCCAUAUCAUCAAUCAUGUAUGAGAUUAGAAAAUUCUCAAGGACAUUCUAGCUUGUUUCUCCUGCAUGCCAAGCAUGCAUAAUGUUUGUGUCUCAACGAUUCAUUUUCCUGUAGAGGUAUGAUACUGAUACACCUUUGCCAAAAGCUCUGAAUUUUAUAUAGGUUAGUUGAAUUUUGUUCGUCUAUAAAUAUGUAUUUUACUCAUGUAUUCUUCAUUUGUUUUUAGUACUAUUGACUAUUAAAAUGUACUAUCUGUUCUAUAGAUAUUUGUUACAGCUCAAGCAGCCAAUAUAUCACUACUAGGGUUCAAUCC